CAACUGAUCCUACUCACAUCUUCACUUUCAAGUCCUAACGAAUCUCUUAAGGCUUUCUCCAAAGUAUUGUAUUAAAUUCUCUGGUCGAUCUACAAUCCACUGUAUAUAAAGCAGUUUGAGCAUAAAAUGCAGAAACAUGAGGAAAGUCGAGAAAAGAAUGGCGGAUAUGCAAAUUGUUCCGGCAGGAGAAGUGGAGAAGAAGGUAGAGGCCCAGUACGUGGAAAUGAAGGUGCCUCUUUAUUCAUAUGGCUGUGAGAAGAAAAUCAAGAAAGCCUUAGCCCAUCUUAAAGGAAUAUACUCGAUAGAAGUGAAUUUUGAGGAACAAAAAGUGACCGUAUGGGGAAUAUGCAACAAGUACGAUGUGUUAGAUACCAUAAGGAACAAGAGGAAAGAUGCUCUGUUCUGGAAUGCAGAAGACAAUCUAGUCUUGAAACAACAAGAAGACAAGGACACAGAACCAGAAGAAGAGCAAGACACAAUAGCAGCUGAAGCAGCCCAUUCAUUUUCAUCUUCUUCACUCCGUAGAAAAGCGAAAAAAUUAGUGCCACCUUUGACUUUGAUUAGGUGCAGCUCGUCUUUGAGUUGGAAAGCUUGGAAGAAAGUGUUUAUCAGAUCUUACUCAUUCUAAGCUCUAAGCUUCUAGUUUUGUUUAAUAAGGUCCCAUUCAAUUUUGUUUAAAUAUGUAUUUAUCUUUGAAAUUAUGUCUUAAACAUAAAUGCGAGACCUCAACUAAACUUUUCUUGUCAA